AUGUAUGGAGGCCUGGGGCCUGGGGGCCUGGGAGCCCAGGGCAUGGCGGGACCCCUGAGGGGCCGGGUGGAAGAGCUGAAGCGGCCGUGGUGGCGAGAGGCCUCGCCCCUGGUGCUGCGGCACAGUGAGGCUGCCAGGCUGGCAGCCGAUGCCCUCCUGGAGCGGGGCGAGACUGCCUACCUGCAGGUCAUCUCCGAGGAGCGGGAGCUGCCCUUCCUAAGCGCCCUGGACGUGGCCUACAUGACCAGCCAUGUGCGGGCAGGCCCCGAGCUUGGGGAGGCCCCGGGACCUGAGGCCUCGGGGCCCGACCGUCUCAGCCUGCUCUCCGAAGUCACCUCGGGCACCUACUUCCCUAUGGUCUCUGACGUAGACCCCCCGGACCUGGACCUGGGCUGGCCCGAGGUGCCGCAGGCCACAGGCUUCAGCCCCACGCAGGCCGUGGUCCACUUCCAGCGGGACAAGGCCAAGAACAUCAAGGACCUGCUGCGUUUCCUCUUCAGUCAGGCCCGCACGGUGGUGGCCGUGGUGAUGGACGUGUUCACAGACAUGGAACUGCUGUGUGACCUCAUGGAGGCCUCCGGCCGCCGGGGCGUCCCCGUCUACCUGCUCCUGGCUCAGGAGCACCUGAGGCACUUCCUGGAGAUGUGCUACAAGAUGGACCUCAAUGGCGGGCACCUGCCGAACAUUCGAGUGCGGAGCACGUGUGGGGACACGUACUGUAGCAAGGCGGGCCGCCGAGUCACCGGACAGGCUCUGGAGAAGUUCGUCAUCAUCGACUGCGAGCAGGUGGUGGCGGGCAGCUACAGCUUCACCUGGCUGUGCAGCCAGGCCCACACGAGCAUGGUGCUGCAGCUGAGGGGCCGCAUCGUGGAAGACUUCGACCGCGAGUUCCGCUGCCUCUAUGCCGAGUCUCGGCCCGUGGAGGGCUUCUGCAGUGGCGAGGAACGGUUGUCACCCCCGGCACCGCGCCCUCCCCAGGUGGCCCUGGCCUUCAGGCCUGGCAUCCCAAGCCCCACGUCCUCGGCCCGGUCCAGCGUCAGUCUCGGCAGUGUCAAGCGCUCGCCUGUGAUGGGCCGCUCUUCCUACCUCGCUCUCCCAGGGGGCUGCAGCGACAGGGCCGUGGGGUCCUCUUCCCCGGGUCCUGCCCGCCGUGAGGCCAAUAGCCAGCACCCCCUGCAACGCCAGCUGUCAGACCCUCACCACAGCUGCCCUCCUGGGCUCUACAGGCCCAACCUGGGCAAGCUGGGGGCCUCCCCAUUGUCCCAGUCCUCCCCUGUUCUCAACCACCACAGCACUAGCCCCGGGAGCCUGGCGGUGGGCUCAUCUCUGCUCUCCCGACCACGCCCUCUCUUCCCCUUUUCCCGGGGUGGCCCAGGCCUGUCUCGGCUCCCAGAGAAUGGGUUCCCAGAAAGCCAGGCACCCAGCCCCCCACGAGGUCGCCGAGGGCUUGGCCUAGUCUUGGAGACAGUAGAUGAGAAGAAGGCGUCUUUGAGUCACAGCCGUGGCCAGCUGGACCUCCUGGUCCCCUUCCCCAGAGCCCGAGAAGCAGCAGCUCCCGACUCCAGGGUGACCCUCAGCUCAGGCUCCCUUCAGCCUGGUGAGCAGGUCCCAGAGGACAGGAGGGUGUCCUCAAGCCAGAGUUGCAGCCAGCUGGACCUCCUCCCCCGGGUCCCAGGUGCCGGGAGCACCCCUGAGUCAGGCUCACCCAGAAUAGGCGAUCGGAUUGCAGAGGACCGAAGGCUGUCCCCAGGCCACAGCCAGCUGGACCUCCUGGCACAGUUCUCCAAGGUCCAGGGCCCCAAAGUGGCCCCUGAGCCCAGCCCCCCAGCCAGGCCUGGCAAACAGGACCCAGAUGAGUGGCGGCACACCCUGGGCCACAGCCAGCUAGACCUUAUCACCAAAGUUGGCCCAUUCCGUGGCGAGGGGCCCGGGCCCAACAGUCUCCCCAGCCCUAGUCCCGUUCACAAGACUGGAGUGGGCUCUGCGGAUGAGAAGCGGCUGACCCUGGGCCACAGCAAACUGGACCUCAUCACCAAGUAUCACCAGUUUCAGGGAGCCAGGCAGGGGCCUGAGGCUGCCCUCUCUAGGGGUCUCCCAGGUGGCCAUCCCAAUGGAGAAGAGGAUUGA